AGCAAAGCUGGGACAGACCUACGCCUCUUAAAACGGCAUCCCUUUCUCGUGCUCUCUGUGAUUACUGGCGGUAAGGAAGAUGUGCGGAGGAGCGAUCGUACCCGACUUCCUCGCUCCAAGCGGCGGCCGAGAGCUCAUCCCGCCGGUUAUCUGGCCGUCGGAAUCAUCCGAUAUCAUCCCAGGUGGCGACUGCGAGGGCGAGAAGACGGUGGAGAAGGGUUCGGUGGCAGCGGCCGACGUUGACGGUAAGGCCGGGGGGAGGCGCCGAGGGCCGCGGAAGAGCGCGUACCGGGGAAUCCGGCUGCGGCCGUGGGGGAAGUGGGCGGCGGAGAUAAGGGACCCGAGGAAGGGAGCGCGGGUGUGGCUGGGGACCUUCACCACCGCCGAGGAGGCCGCGCGAGCCUACGACGCCGCCGCCCGCGAGAUCCGCGGCCCCAAGGCCCGGCUCAACUUCCCCGACUCCCCAUCCUCCGCCGGCCCCGUCUUCCCGAUCCCCAAGAAGCCCCGAGCUUCGGCGCCGAGGGGGAGCUCUGCGUCGUCGCUGUCGCCGUCGCCGGCGUCGUCGGGCUCCGUCUCAUCGCCGAUGCAGUCCGUGGUGUCGCUCGCGGGGUCGGGGGAAACCAUGCCGGGAUCGGUGGGCCGUAUAAUCUCGGGCUGUGCGGUGACGUGCGCCUCGUCUGAUCCAUGAUAAGAUUUCCUCGAUGGACGGCUGUGAUGUAUCGUAGGCUCGUAGCUGUAGUGUUAUAAACUGUAAUCUCCUGCACUCUUUAAAUGAAAUAAUAUUUUAUUUCCCCCUUUUUUCUUUUGAAAAAAAGGAGAAAA